AUGGCUCACGCCGGGGCCGCGGGGAGCGGCGAGCCCUUCCCGGGCCCGUCCCGCGGCCGAGACCGCGCAGGGCAGGGAUGCGGCGGCGAAGGCGCCCAGGCGGCGGCGGUGGCGGCGGCGGUGGCGGCGCGCGACGCCCUGUCGCUGGAGGACAUCCUGCGGCUCUACAGCCAGCCCAUCAACGAGGAGCAGGCGUGGGCCGUGUGCUACCAGUGCUGCGGCUCCCUCCGCGCUCGCCGGCGCCGCGGGGAGGCCCCGGCCGGCAGGGUGGAGAGCCCGGCGCACGUCCGCAUCUGGAAGGACGGCGCCGUCACCCUGGACGGCGACGCCCGCCUGCCGGCAGCAGGUAAAUCAGAACAUCCACAGUGUUCAGAAACAGAGGUGAUCGAAUCCUUGGGAAUUAUUAUUUAUAAAGCUCUGGACUAUGGCUUGAAGGAGAACGAAGAGAGAGAGCUAAGCCCUCCCCUGGAACAGCUUAUUGAUCACAUGACUAAUACAACAGAAGCAGAUGGGGGCAAAGACGAAGGCUAUGAGGCUCUGGAUGAAGGUGCGGAAGAUGAAGACGAUAAAGAGGGUGUUGAAGUUAUACAGUCUUAUCAAGAUGUCAUGAAGCUCUGUGCUGCUCAUCUACCAACCGGAUCAGAUGCACCAAAUCAUUAUCAAGCAGUAUGUCGGGCGCUGUUUGCAGAAACAAUGGAGCUGUACACAUUUUUGGCCAGAAUUAAAAGUGCUAAAGAGAAUUUGAAGAAGAUUCAGGAAAUGGAUAAAGAAGGGAGUGAUGAAUCAGAUCUGGAUGAGUUAAAAAAUGCUGAUUGGGCCCGAUUUUGGGUUCAGGUGAUGCGAGAUUUGCGCUACGGUGUGAAACUGAAGAAAGUUCAAGAACGUCAGUUCAACCCUCUUCCAAUAGAAUAUCAGCUCACACCGUAUGAGAUGCUGAUGGAUGAUAUUCGAUCGAAACGCUAUACUUUAAGGAAGGUUAUGGUCAAUGGAGAUAUACCUCCACGAUUAAAAAAGAGUGCCCAUGAAAUAAUAUUGGACUUCAUCCGAUCUCGACCUCCAUUAAAUCCAGCUUCAGCAAGAAAACUGAAACCAACCCCACCACGACCGCGUAGCCUCCAUGAAAGAAUACUGGAAGAAAUCAAAUCUGAAAGAAAGCUGAGACCAGUCUCUCCUGAUGAGAUCAGGCGUAGCAGACUAGCAAUCCGGCCUCUUAGCAUGUCUUACAGUUUUGACUUGUCAGAUGCAUCCACACCAGAGACAUCCAGAAAAGUGUCAGAAGGUUAUGUACUGAAUGGUAGUUUGGCACCUGAAGCAAAUGUGAAUGGCAUUGGCAUGGCUCAGUUGACAGUGCAACGGAAGAGACUACUGAAAGCUCCCACUUUGGCUGAACUAGACAGCUCAGAUUCAGAGGAAGAGACUGUACCCAAAUCAGCUAGUAGCAGUAGCAUAUCUCCGUCUCAAAUGGAAGAUACGUUUCCAGGAACCACUAGGAAAAAGGUGCCUCCAAAAUUCUUGCCAAUAUCAUCCACACCACAGCCAGAGAGGAGGCAGCCACCUCAGAGGCGACACUCCAUUGAAAAAGAAACACCGACCAACGUGCGGCAAUUCCUGCCACCUACAAAACAGAGCUCCAGAUCACUUGAAGAGUUUUGUUACCCAGUGGAAUGCCUGGCUCUCACAGUGGAAGAAGUAAUGCACAUCCGCCAAGUGCUAGUGAAGGCAGAACUAGAGAAGUACCAGCAGUAUAAAGAUGUCUAUACUGCCCUCAAGAAAGGAAAGCUCUGUUUUUGUUGCCGAACACGGAGGUUUUCCUUUUUCACCUGGUCCUAUACCUGUCAGUUUUGUAAAAGGCCAGUAUGCUCACAUUGUUGUAAAAAGAUGCGCCUGCCGUCAAAACCAUAUUCCACUCUUCCCAUCUUUUCUCUGGGGCCUUCUGCUUUGCAGAGGGGGGAGAGUUUUAUGAGGCCAGAUAAACCUUCCACGAGCCAUCACCGGUCGUUAAGGGGCAUACCAAGGUUGUCCUCUAAGUCCAAAUCUGUCGAUAAAUCUGAUGAAGAGGCACUGUUUCCAAAAGAGCUAAUGGAGGACUGGAGCACCAUGGAGGUGUGCGUAGACUGCAAAAAGUUCAUUUCGGAAAUAAUCAAUUCGAGCCGCCGCAGCCUCUCCCUGGCUAACAAGCGAGCCAGGUUAAAAAGGAAAACCCAGUCAUUCUACAUGUCAUCCCCAGGCACCUCGGAGUACUGCCCUUCGGAGAGGACUAUCAACGAGAUCUGAGCCUUGUGCCUUUCUCUUCACGUCGUCUUCACAAGGUUCUGAGAGAACUCAUCAAAACCAGCUUGUCUUUCUUUCCUUGGUUCUGACCGCUUACAUUUGCAUUAGGCCACUGG